AUGAGUUUUUCUUUUUGGGUUUCCUUUACACAGAUUGCUACUACUGCUGCUGAAGCUAAACUCCCUCCUACACAUCCUAUCAGAUUGGGUUUAGCCUUAAUUUCUCUGGCAUGUCACCUUGUUAAGCAGGCGUUCAAUGAAGCUAUCUCAAAGCUUGACACUCUGAAUGAGGAAUCCUACAAAGUUAGCACCUUGAUUAUGCAACUCCUUAGGGACAAUCUGACCUUGUGGACUUCUGACAUCCCAGAAGAAGCAGCAGAUGAUGCCCAUAAGACGAAUGGUUCUGCUAAACCCGGUGCAGUGAUCUUAUAUGUGUGCACCCGCAACAGCGGCACUGGACAACUAGCCUCGAGAACAACUGAUGCGCGAUUUCGUAACUUAGAAAGCCGAUUUUCAUCUUGCCAACGAAGGGUUGAGGUUGAUUCAGACGAGGAUUUGGCUGAUGAAGAGAUGGAUGAGAACGAUUCUUAUUCUGGUGAAGAGAUAGAUGAGGAUGGUAUCGAGUUUGAGUUGGAUCCAACUUGCUGUUUGAUGUGUGAUAAAAGAAGCACAAGACGAUUGAGAAGUGCAUGGUUUAUAUGCAUAAGUUCCAUGGAUUCUUCAUUCCAGAUGGUAGUAUCCGGCGAGUCAGUGAACACCGUGGAGCUUUUUGGUGGGUCUGAGCUUGUGAUCACCAAGAGGGCAGAGAACAAAGUAAUGUCAAGGACUCUCUGGUCUCGAGAGUUCAUGCGAUAA